UGGAGAGCCAGCCCGAGGGGCCCGGGGGGAGGGCGGGAGAACGGGGGAGACGAGGGCGUGCGGGCGUACUUCCCUGGAGCCAUGAGGGGAUUAUCUGCAGGGCGCGUUUGCCUGGCGCUGUUGGCGGCUCUGCUGGGUACGUGCCGCUUGGCUGAGGGAGGGUGCCAGGGGAAAUGCUGCCAGGGCUCGGAUCGCUCCUGUACCGUCACGGACUGGAGGAUGGACCGCGUCUUCGGGACCUGCUACUGCGACGACACCUGCCAGAGGACCAAGGACUGCUGCUUCGACUACCCCACCGUGUGCCCAGCAGUCGGAGUGAUUCACUCGGAAAGAAUACAGCCAUUCACCUCAUCAAAACGAUUCAACAUAUUUCAUGGUUUGCAACUCAUGGUGAAGAUAACACAAGCUCAGCCCUGUGUGGUGAGCCAGUGGAGCCACUGGAGCGGAUGUGUUGAGAAGUGCCGGCAGGCUAUGCGAGUGCGCCGAAGGCAGGUCGAGCAGCAGGCCCGAAACAGCCCUUACAUCUGCCCCCCACUGGAGGAACGGGCUGGCUGCAUGGACUACGUCAACCACCAGGGAGAGCACUGCGCACCAGGUCCUGCUUUGAUAACUGCAGCAGAGUUUGGCGCUAAAAGACCUAAAUAUGAUAUGUAUGGAGAACCACUGGACCCUGGGUACUGUGUGGAGUUCAAGAUGGAGUGGCUGUCCCCUUACUGCGCGGUGGAGAACCGCCACCACACGCGCUGGAUGCAGUACCUGCGGGAGGGAUACACCGUGUGUGUGGCCUGCCAACCCCCGGCCAUGAACAACCACAGCCACGGCUGCCAAGGAGACGGCACCGCCACUGACAGGGACUCGCUGCUCCAGUGGCAGGCUGUGGGGAGCCCGAGGUGCCGGGGGACCUGGAAGAAGCUGCAGAGGCAGGAGCGCUGUGGCUGCCCACAGGUGCACAGCUUCGUCUUCAUCUGACAACACGCCGCGCUGUAAAUACACGUUCUGCAUGUACAGCCCCUCUUUCAACAUGGCUCCCAUUUACCGUGCUCUUCCAGUGGCAAACCAGAGCAAAUGCCACAAUGAGAAAUGUGUGUCUACAUAUAUUAUGUGAUAUAUCAUGUAUGUCAAUCUUGUGCUUUUUGUCGAAGACACCGAUAACAAUGUCUUAUUGUUCUUUUAUUUACUAAAAUGUAGUCAUAUAAACUAGACUGCCUUGUCCAUUUGAGUUUUAUAGCUUCACUGCAGAUAAUGCCAAACUAAACUCAGUAAGACAAGAGCGUUCUCACAGGGUAAUAGAGUUCGGCAUCAGUUCAAGUGAUGCUAAUUUUGCGGUAUAAUUCUGUUAUUUAUUUAUAGCAAAGGUGGACUCUCAGGACAGCCUGUUCAUUGCCUGCCCUUUGUAAUAUUUACAGUAAAUAGUUAUAUUGAAGAGGACAACUUUCUAAAUCACUUUGAGUGCCCUCUGCUGGCUUCCAAAAGUGCUGCACCUCAUAAUUACCAAUACUGUAGUGUUGAUUCCUAGACCCACACGAUAGUCAAAUAUACUGCCUGACAUGUGAAUCUAGCAACAGUGAUUCAAUUCCCAUAUAGCGAAUGGCUUUGAAACCCUUUACCAGUACAAACUGAAUACAAACAACUGACUUUUCAGAAUAAACAGUAAACAGUCAGUCAUGGCAUGAAGUCUUGUCAAUGUCAAGAUUUAUUUUUACAGUAAUGAAGUUACAUUACUCAGUUAUUUCCAUUUUAAAUGAAAAACAAUCUAUAAACAUGUUAUUUUGUUCAACUGGCAUAGUUUUUUUUUUUUUGCUCAGUUCCCAUCUCUGUUGGGCAGAUCCAUUAAAUGGCAGUGUACUGCAAUAUAUAAACACAUGACAAUAUGAAAAUAAAAGCCUUUAAUAAAAAUACA